AUCUGGAUCCUUCGCACCCACAUCUGGAAGCCACAUGUCCGCAGCAGCUGUAUAAAAGUCAGCCCAGCAAACCUAGGGUGACACUUUUUGCCAAAAGUCAGGCAGCAUGGACCUCUCCCUUUUCUGGAUGCUUCUGCCCCUGGCCACUGUGGCCUGGGGCCAGUAUGGUGACUACGGGUACCCGUACCAGCAAUACCAUGACUACGGCGAUGAUGGCUGGGUGAAUCUGAACCGACAGGGCUUCAGCUACCAGUGUCCCCACGGGCAGGUGGUGAGGGCAGUAAGGAGCAUCUUCAGCAAGAAGGAAGGAUCUGACAGACAAUGGAACUAUGGCUGCAUGCCCACGCCCCAGACCCUCGGGGAGCCCACGGAGUGCUGGUGGGAGGAGAUCAACAGGGCUGGCAUGGAAUGGUACCAGACGUGCUCCAACAAUGGACUGGUGGCGGGCUUCCAGAGCCGGUACUUCGAGUCAGUGCUGGAUCGGGAAUGGCAAUUCUACUGCUGUCGCUACAGCAAGAGGUGUCCAUAUUCCUGCUGGCUGACAACAGAGUAUCCAGGCCACUAUGGGGAGGAAAUGGACAUGGUUUCCCACAGCUAUAAUUACUACAUCAGGGGGGCCACCACCACUUUCUCGGCAGUGGAAAGGGAUCGCCAGUGGAAGUUCAUAAUGUGCCAGAUGACUGAUUACGACUGUGAAUUUGCAAGUGUUUAGAUAUGCCAGCUACUAAAGCUGAGUGAAAGGAAAGAGGCCAGGAGUCCUGAGGGUGUCACAUAUGUUAACAUCAGUUGGAACUCCUAUAGCUCUCUACUGCUCUCUUUUUUACUCUCUGAGCUGGAAGCUGCAGUGCCAGCUUCCUGGGCCUUCCUGACUAGUGUCACAUUUACAAUUAAAUCCAGAUUUAAAUUGUGCUUUUCACUUUCAACACGCUCCAUAGCAACCAUCUUACAUGACUGGUGAUGGCUUCCUUGCGCACCACAUGCACAUACAGCAAGCGCACCUCCAGCCCACCUCCUGGAGAACUUGCCUCAGCCUUGCGACUGCUAUUACUGUAAAAUGAGCUUCAAGUUCAGCAUGGUGAACUUGGAGGGAGGGAGGGGCACAGCUUGAGGAGGGGUACAGUGAAGGCUCUCUCCAGCUAAGUCUGCUCCACUGACACCCAGCGUCCUCACCACGAGCAGCCUUCAGCCUCAAGGGGGCCAUGCAUCCACCUUCCCUCUCCACAGGAGACCUGCAUGCUGCCAAGUCCAAGUGCAGAGCUCUGUGCUCCAGACGUGAAGGGACUGGCAGGUGAAACAGGGAGGUGGAAAGGUUUGAGGGCAGAGCUGAAAGACUUAGGGUUGGGAGAAUUUCCUCAAAUCAAAGAUGACUGUUACCAAACCCAGUGAUGAAAAUGGCCGUGGGGCCAGUGGUACCUGUGUGAAUCAGUCUCCAGCAAGGUAAAAGGAGUGAAAAGAGAAGUGUCAGAGAAUCGGGCUCAGAUUGGAACCCUGGGGAGAUGAGAGUGUCCAGGUGGCUUUUGAAAAUGACAAGUGAGGUUUGAGUCACCAGCAGCUAGAGGCUUGCCCAGGACUCCUGGGAAGGCUGGCAUGUGCCUGGUAUCCACGAGGCGCCGCUGGAAACCCGCCUGGACUGGUCCAGGUUUUGUGGGUGGGAAAGGCUGCUCUGAGGACCCGCUUCUGUCUGUGUUAGCUUGGGGAUGUCAUCUGCAGAGGUGGCCCUAGCUCUCUUCCUCCUGUGAUGCUUCUGACCCCAGCCCGUUAUAUUCUCCCCUUCAUGAAAAAAUAAAAAUAAGAACAUUUACUAUG